AUGCCAGAUUGGCGAUACAACGUUCUGUCGACGAGCGAGGCGUAUAUAGACGACGAAGGGGGUCCGCCUCGGGAUCUCUUCGCUGCCAGUUAUCCACGCCGUGCUGACCGCUCUCGACCACCUUAUACUUGCCCAUAUACCACAAUUUUUCUCGGAACGCGUACACAUGUCCCGUAUCGUUUAACACCUUUACAGAGUGAAAAUGGCGACCCAUACGCUGAUGCAUACUCAGUCGAUCGUUCUUCUAAUCUUACGGACACGUCAAGUUUUGCUCGCUACGAAGACUGUCGCUCACAAUUGGAAGGUUCCUUGAUACCAAAAAGAGAUAGUGAGAAAUCAGAUGGAAAUAUAACAUUACAAGUUCAAAAAAUACCAUAUAAUUCCGGGGUUUUCCAUGUAGCACCAAAAUCAGAGCAAGUAAAGACUGUGCAGGGAAAUAAUCUGUUUUCGGGAGAAGAGUCAGACUCAGAUGUAUUAUCCUCUUGUACUUGCGACAGCUUUGAACGAUGUGAAUUCGAUUGUAGAGACUUUGAACCGUUCUCGGACACGUGCUGUUGUGACCCGCUUAGUGACGGUGUUUGUAGUCGUAGCCCAAAAGAGGUCGAUUCCCCCGAACAUUUUUGUGAUAGAGUCGUGGAGGAAGAUCGUGUAUCGGCGCGAAGUGACAUGGAUGGUCUGGAUUUAACUCUCUUUGAACCAGCUCAGACUGAUUCUAAUGAUUGUAGAGAUGAAUCUACCGAUCAAAACGGAGCUGCUGUUGCUGCAACUCUGUGUGGAGUCUUAUAUGCAUUACCACAUAUAGAAAAUGAUACAGCGACUAGCGCGGUCAGCGGCGCGGCGGUAGGCGUACUUCCAUGCUCUUGGGAGCCGUUCUACUGCGUGCUGCAACAGGACCGGCGGACUCUCACUGCGUACACUAGUGAAGAGUUGGCUUCUUUUCCGGGCUUCUAUUUGGACUAUAAGGCUUCUAGUAACAACGGGGAGUACACAACACGGAGUUUACCUCGUGUGAGAAUUGAUGGCGGUAAUAACGUUGGGAAUGGUGUACGAUUACGAUGUUGGGCUGCGCCUCCAUCUAUAACUGAAGAGGAAGCAGAGGAUGACAUAGAAGAGGAUGCUGUUUCACUACGUGCAUUGCCUUCACAAGUCAACGCAAAGUUUGUGAGAAAUAUGGAUACUAGCGACGUCUCACAAAUAGAGGAUGUUGCCGGAGUGCGACCAAACAGAAAUUCUAAAUUAGUUACGAGU